AUGGCCGCCCCUCAGCUCAAGUGGAAGAUCGCAUUCGGCUGCGACGAAGCUGGUGUCGAAUACAAGAACGCCAUCAUCAAGGACUUCCAGAACGAUCCUCGUGUCGAAUCAAUCGUCGACGUCGGAGUCCCCUCCAACGCCGACAAGACGGCUUACCCUCACGUUGCGGUCACGGCUGCUCGCAAGGUAGCCAGCGGUGAAGUUGACCGCGCCCUGCUCAUUUGCGGUACCGGUCUGGGUGUCGCCAUCGCCGCCAACAAGGUCAAUGGCGUGCGUGCCGUCACCGCUCACGAUCCGUACUCGGUGGAGCGUGCGAUCCUGUCCAACGACGCCCAGGUGCUCUGCAUGGGACAGCGCGUCGUCGGUCUCGAGCUGGCCAGGAAGCUGGCCAAGGACUGGCUCGGAUAUAAGUUUGACACCUCCAGUGCCUCGGCCGCCAAGGUGCAGGCAAUCUGCUCGUACGAAGGUGCCGCUGACAAGCAGUGA